AUGCGCAGACCCUUUGGGGUCCUUUCUAAGAUUGCGCAGCGUUAUACCGUUUACCGGUCCUCGACAUUGAGCCGAGAACAGGCCCCAGCAGAUGAACACGCCAGUUUGAAUGCCUAUCUUACUGCAUUAGGGUUCCCCCAAAUGAACCAGGAGAACUGCCAGCAACAAAGCACCGAGUUUUCGUCGGUCACAAACCAGGAUGUCAAUAUUCGACAGGCCCUCGAUGGUGAUUUUAACAAUAUGCCGGGAGUAGACGGUCAAGGAGGAAUGCUUCUGACUGCGUGGAUGGGCCAUACGACGGAGCUGGGAGAAUGGUUCGAAGUGAAUCAACACAUGAUAAACAUGCUUGAGGGCCAGGCUUCAUUAGACUUUUCGUUUUUAGGUCAAUAG